AUGGUGGGCAGUGUGGGGGCAGCUCUGGGGCUUUCCCUAACCUGCAUCUCGGCCCUCAGCCUCAUCUCCCCUGCCUGGUUCCAGACUACCACCUUCUCCUUUGGUGUCCUCACCUACUGCUCCUGGCCUCAGGGUGACAACUCGAACCAGAGCUGUGGGACCUUCAGGUCCCUGGAUGAUAUUCCUGACUUUGCCUGGAAGGUCUCAGCUGCGAUGCUCCUUGGAGGCUGGCUCCUAUUGGCCUUCAAUGCAGUUCUCCUCCUGUCUUGGGCUUUAGCCCCCAAAGGGCUGUGCCCAAGGAGGGGCAGUGGCCCAAUGCCAGGGGUGCAGGCAGCAGCAGCCAUCACCACCAUCGUGGGCCUGCUGGUUUUCCCAAUCAGCUUGGCCUCCCCAUUCGCCAAGGAAGCCUGCAUAGCCUCCUCCAUGUACCACAGUGGUCAGUGCCAGCUGGGCUGGGGCUACGUGACCGCCAUCUUCAAUGCAGUCCUGGCCAGCCUCCUGCCCGUGAUCAGGUGGCCCUGUGUGACUGAGGCCCAGCAGAUGACCAUCUUCUUCUUCAGUGACACUGAGAGCAUCAUCCUUGUGCCAGAAAUAAGCAAAUAA